UGAAUGCGACCUGCUGGAGACAACGCAUCAGGUGCAAGUAGCCUGCGGGUUCCUGCUGACUUGGCGCGGAGCACUUCGGCAAGCCUGCCUUUCCCGCCCGACUCGCUGGCCCACAGGCCCCCAAGUUCCCCUCCGACGGAGUCCCCGGGCAUUUUCACCGUGGCCGCUCCAGCUCAGGGAGCACCUUCUCCUCCCGCCACGCUGGCGCACCUUCUUCCCGCCCCGGCAAUGUACAGCCUUCUGGAGACUGAGCUCAAGAACCCCGUAGGGACACCGACCCCAGCGGCGGGCUCCGGCGGCCCCUCAGCCCCGGGAAGUGCAGGCAAGAGUAGCGCGAACACAGCCGGCGGCGCGAACGCAGGCGGCGGCAGCAGCGGUAAUGCGAGCGGCGGGGGCCGGGCCAGGGACCAGGACCGUGUGAAGCGGCCCAUGAACGCUUUCAUGGUGUGGUCUCGCGGACAGCGGCGCAAGAUGGCCCUGGAGAACCCCAAGAUGCACAACUCUGAGAUAAGCAAGCGCUUGGGUGCCGACUGGAAACUGCUGACCGACGCCGAAAAGCGACCGUUCAUCGACGAGGCCAAGAGACUGCGCGCCGUGCACAUGAAGGAGUACCCGGACUACAAGUACCGGCCACGCCGCAAGACCAAGACGCUCCUCAAGAAGGACAAGUAUUCCCUGCCCAGCGGCCUGCUGCCCCCCGGCGGCCGCCUUCACGGCGUCCACCAGCACUACCAGGGCGCCGGGACUGCCGUCAACGGAACGGUGCCGCUUACCCACAUCUGA